AUGAGAAUUGUAAGAUCUUUUUCAACAGAAGAAAGAGAAAGUAAUUCAUAUCAAAUUGCUAAUUAAAAUAUUUAUAAUUUUGGUAAUAAAAUGGCAGUUUUAGGAAGUUAAUUUAUGUCUAUUGGAAUAGUUUUAGCUUAUGCUGUUAUAUUAGCUAUUUUGUAUUAUGGUGGAAGUCUAGUAAUUGAUGGAUAAUCAACAAUAGGAAACUUAAGUUCAUUUGUAUUAUAUACUUUAACUAUGACAAGUAUUAUAUUAUUUAAUAUUAGUUUCUCUUUUGGCUUUAAGUGGAACUAUGAAUGAAAUGAUUUCUGCUGCUGCUGUUUCUGAAAAGAUUUUUGAUAUAAUAGAUCAUCCAGUUAAGAUACGUAAUGGUUCUGUUGAUGCUUCUAAUAUAUCUGGAUAAAUUAAUAUAUCAAAUGUAACAUUUUGUUAUCCAACUAAAUAAAAUGUCAUGAGUUUGAAAGCAAUAAGCUUAGAGAUUAAUUAAGGGGAAGUUGUAGCAUUUGUUGGACAAAGUGGUAGUGGAAAAUCUACUAUUGUUUAAUUACUAUAGAGAUUUUAUGAUUCAAAAUUAGGAUCCAUUUUAUUUGAUAACAUAGAUAUUAAGGAGUAUAAUCUACAAUAGUUACAUAAACAAAUAGGAUUUGUUGCAUAGGAACCAACUUUGUUUUCUGGUACAUUGAAAGAUAAUAUUACAUAUGGUGUAGAUACUUUCACUUAAGAAGACAUUGAUAAUGCUAUGAAAUUAGCUAAUGCUUAUGAUUUUGUUACAGAUUUUUCAAUAUUUCCAGAUGGAUUGUAAACUAUAGUUGGUGAAAGAGGAGUGAAAUUAUCAGGAGGUUAAAAAUAGCGUAUUGCUAUUGCAAGAGCUUUGAUUAAAAAUCCUAAAAUAUUGAUUUUUGAUGAAGCAACAAGUGCUUUAGAUUCUGAAUCCGAAUUUCAAGUUUAAAAGGCUAUAGAUGGUCUUGUUUAAUCAGGUUAAAAGACUAUUAUUAUAAUUGCUCAUAGAUUAUCUACUGUUAUUAAUUCAAACAAAAUUAUUGUAGUUUAAAAUGGAUAAAUAGUUGAAUAAGGAAAGCAUCAAGAAUUAAUAGAAAAAAAUGGUGUUUAUAAACAAUUGAUUGAAAGAUAAUUAUAAUGA